AUGUCAGAUCCUUUUUCAAUCGCCUCGGGCGUCGUGGGCAUCGUUUCGCUUGGGCUUGAAGUCGUCAAAGGUCUUUACGAGUACUGCAGCACUCUGAAGGACCAGAGUUCCGACAUCGCUCGCAUCCGCGACAGCUUGUUCCGCCUUCACGAUCUGCUCGGUAACCUGAGGAGGCAGCUUGACGCUCGAAGGUUUCAUUCUAACAACAUAAACAUCUUGGCUUGCAUCGAGGGUCGUAUACUUGAAUGCAAAGAAUGCGUCGAGAAGCUGAAGAAAGCGGCCGACAAGUUUAAUCAUUCUCAAGACAAUGGUUUCAGGGCUGCUUUGAAAGCAAAAGUGCGACGAGCUACAUACCCUUUUCAGCAGAACACGCUACAGAAGCUUGAGGGAAAUGUUGACAAGAUCUGCCAGCAUGUGCUUUUCUCGUUGCAGCUACUACAGAACGAAGAUACCAGCAGCAUUCGCAAUAAUGUUGAGGACACAAAAGAUCUGCUUGAAUCACACCGGGCAAAAGACGUGGCCCAAAACAUCAUCAACUGGCUCAAUGCACCAGAUGCCACUACGAACUUCAUCAUUGCUCGGGAAAAGUCGCAGCCUGGGACGGGUUCUUGGCUCAUUGAUGACUGGCGCUUCAAUGCUUGGUUUGAACAAGAGAAGUCGUUUUUGUGGCUCUAUGGCUUCGCCGGCUGUGGCAAAUCGAUCUUAUGCUCCACGGCCAUCCAACACAUUCUCCAGUACCAGAAGUCUACACAGGAUAAGAAUUCCAGCCAAAUUAAUGGUGUUGCCUUCUUCUUCUUCGCUUUCGACGAUACUGGGAAACAAGAUGUUUUCAGGUGGGUUGACUGUCAACUACGAGAAAUCGCUGUCUGCCCUCGAACAGAAGAACAUCUUGAUAAACUCCUUACUUCGCUUCCCCGAACAUUGGAUGAUACCUAUGAGAGGAUGCUUCUUGCAAUACCGCCCGCCUCUCAAGAUUACGCCGAGCAGAUAUUAAUGCUGCUAUGCUGCGCCAAGAGAAAUUUGACCAUAGAGGAGCUCAUCUAUGGGAUGGCAGUUGAUCUCGAUCCAGUUGGGUCAAAGUCCGACGAUACCGACGCAAAAGAUGCCGAAUCAGACCAUGUUGGCUCAGACAGUCUCUUUUUGGAUAGCCUCCACCCGGUGGCAGUAUUCAAAGACAAACGGAGAUUGCAUGAUGCAGAUGCUGUUCUUGAAGUUUGUCCUGGCUUUAUUGAACUUUAUGAGGGCCGUGAUGCGAAUCGGGAGGAGACUUUAUAUGUACGACUCGCGCACUUCUCAGUUCAGGAGUACCUCAAAUCGGACCGCAUUAAGGAGCGGGAAAAUGUCGCUCAAUACCAAAUGCGAGAACAAGACAUGAACACCAAGGCAACAUGGAUUUGCCUGGCCAUCUUGGAAAAGUUCUCAGCCGCAGUGCAAGCAAACGAUUCCUAUACAAGUAUAUGGUCCUGCGAGCCCGAUACGAAAAUCAUGUACAUGUACCCUUGGGCGUGCUAUGCGGCGAUAUUUUGGCCAGAUCACUUCCGAGAAAGCAAACAAAUACCGCCAGAAGCUGUAAGCGCAAUGCUUCGGUUUCGCCCCCACGCUGUACAAUUUUCCGCUUAUCUUGGAGGCAGAGGUUUCUUUGGGGAUAAUCUUCUUCAGUUUGCAAUUCAUUACGGACUGUCCUCGGUGGUGUCUGUCAUACUUCAGGAUCCCACCACAGACAUUAACGAAAUCACCGGCGGCACCACAGCCUUGUUUGUUGCGGCAAAAGCCCAUGAUAUGGAGCUCGUGCGGUGUCUUCUGGACCGUGAUGCCGAUGUCAAUGGCUACGACGGAGGUGCACUGACGGCGGCGGCAAGAACAGGCCAGGUAGAUAUGGCCAAGCUUUUUCUCGAUCACGGUGCCGAAAUUAAUGCCAGCGCUGGGGAGGCAUUGGACGCGGCAGCGGAAGUAGGUGAUAUAGAAAUGGCGAGAUUCCUCCUCGAAAACGGUGCCGAAAUCAAUGUCAGCGGUUCAGAGGCGCUGCAUAUAGCAGCUUGGGGAGGCGGUUUAGAAAUGGCGAAGCUUCUUCUCGACCACGGUGUCGAAAUCAAUGCCGGUGGGUCAGAGGCACUGGCGUCGGCAGCUUGGGGAGGUCAUUUCGAAAUGGCGAAACUUCUCCUCGAAAGCGGUGCCGAAAUUGAUGCCAGCGGCUCAGAAGCACUGCACAUGGCAGCUUGGAGAGGCCACUUAGAGAUGGCGAAACUUCUUCUCGAGGGCGGUGCCGAUGCUAACCUCACAGAGGAAUCUAGGAACCAAACUGCUUUGUGGUCGGCUGUGGGGUCCAAGGAGCUUGAGUUCGUCCGUCUGCUUCUCGAGUACGGCGCUGAGGUCAACCAUCGUGAUGAUUCCGGCCAGACCGUCCUGCACAAAGCUGCUGCGCAGAUUGGGUAUGAGGACGGAGUGCAGUUCCUCCUGGAACAUGGCGCCAAGGUGAACAUCGCCGACAGCCAUACAGGUAGAACUGCACUCCACGAAGCUGCGGAAUCUGGCAACGAGAAAAUUGCGCGGCUUCUUUUGGAAGCGGGGGCGGAUCCAAAUGUAGUGGAUAAGUUUGGUAACACCGUCCUGUCGUUGGCCGCUAAGAGGGGUUGUCAGGACUUGGUGACCUUUGUUUCGGAUCUCUAA